AAGAUGAUUAGGCUUUUUAAGGUAAAGGACCAGGAGCAGGCCAACAGAGGAAGUGGUCCUAGCAAGAAACAAAGUGCAGGGGAGCUACGUCUUCAUAAAGAUAUUGCUGAGCUCAACCUGCCGAGCACAACUGCCAUAAUAUUUCCCAAUGGCAAGGAUGACCUAAUGAAAUUUGAUAUCAGCAUUUGUCCUGAUGAGGGAUAUUACAGAGGUGGUUCUUUUCUUUUUACCUUUCAAGUCUCCAAUUCUUACCCUCAUGAACCACCAAAGGUCAAAUGCAAAACAAAGGUUUAUCAUCCAAAUAUUGACUUGGAGGGAAACGUCUGCCUUAACAUUCUCCGUGAAGAUUGGAAGCCUGUCCUCAACAUAAACAUAAUAAUCUACGGCCUUAAUCUUUUAUUCACUCAUCCAAAUGAUGAAGACCCCUUGAAUCAGGAAGCAGGCCAUGUUCUCCGCGACAAUCCUAAAUUGUUUGCAAAAAAUGUAGAAAUGGCAAUGGCUGGGCGCCACGUAGGUGGAACCCUCUUCUCCAGGUGCAUGAAAUAGUAGUCUUAACCAGUGACCGAAAACACCAGACAGAACAACUGUAAAUCUAGCAUAAGAUGAUAGUUUAGUCCAGCGGUUCUUGAGGCAUCUCUCUGUCCAGUUCAAGACCUCAU